AUGUCGGCCGUCAACAGCCAGAUCUGCUCCCGGUGCAACGGUCAAGGCCACCCGGCCGCUCAGUGCCCGAAGAUGCCGUUCUACAAAACUUGCGAGUAUUGCAAGGUGGUCGGACACGGAGUGAAGGCCUGCCCCGUUUUGCAGCGCAAAGCCCUGGAGAAGAUCAGCAAGCAGAAGGAGGCGGAGAAGAAAGCCGCCAGCGAUGCUUGGAGCGAGUCUGGAACAAGUACCACGGCCUCGUCUUGGACUUCGCGGAAAUCCGAGCGAGCGUGGUGGCAGCCGCGGGGCGGGGGAAAGAAGGGCAAGUCGCGGACGGCAUGGUCAGAGUGGCAUCCGGAGCACUGGGUGCUGAGUGAAGACGAGGAGCGGGAGGCUCGCAAGCUGGAGAAGAAGCUUCGCGAGAUCGCCGCUCUCGAGCAGUGGGUAGAGCAGGGGAAGCAGCUGGAUUCACUUCAGCUGCAAAAGGUGGAUCGGAGGAGUGAGAUCGAGUCUCAUGAGGUGCUGCGCAAAGUGUUCUACAAAACUUGCGAGUAUUGCAAGGUGGUCGGACACGGAGUGAAGGCCUGCCCCGUUUUGCAGCGCAAGGCCCUGGAGAAGGUCAGCAAGCAGAAGGAGGCGGAGAAGAAAGCCGCCAGCGAUGCUUGGAGCGAGUCUGGAACAAGUACCACGGCCUCGUCUUGGACUUCGCGGAAAUCCGAGCGAGGGGGAAGGAAGGGCAAGUCGCGGACGGCAUGGUCAGAGUGGCAUCCGGAGCACUGGGUGCUGAGUGAAGACGAGGAGCGGGAGGCUCGCAAGCUGGAGAAGAAGCUUCGCGAGAUCGCUGGCCUCGAGCAGUUGGUAAAGCAGGGGAAGCACCUGGAUUCACUUCAGCUGCAAAAGGUGGAUCGGAGGAGUGAGAUCGAGUCUCAUCAGGUGCUGCGCAAAGUGCGCCUUGGUUACCAGCGGAUCGCUCUACCGGCUGCUCCCCAGUAG